UCCUGCAAGAUGAUGAGUUCUAAUCAGGAGGAGGUCACUUUGGGCGCUUUUCUCCAGUAUAUUGAAGAUAUGGGGAUGAAGGCCUAUGAUGGCUUGGUUAUACAGAAUGCAUCAGACAUUGCUCGAGAGAAUGAUCGCAUGAGGAAUGAAACAAACCUGGCUUACUUGAAAGAAAAGAGUGAAAAACGCCGAAAACAAGAAGAAGCAAUAAAACGCAUAGGUGGAGAAGUAGCAAGAGGAAAUGAAGGCAGCUACGUGGGGAAACAUUUCCGCAUGGGAUUUAUGACAAUGCCUGCUCCUCAGGACAGACUGCCACACCCCUGCUCCAGUGGCUUCACUGUCAGGUCCCAGUCUCUUCAUUCAGUUGGAGGAACCGAUGAUGAAAGCAGCAGCUCUCGAAAGCAGCCGCCUCCAAAACCGAAGCGAGACCCCAACACCAAACUGAGCACCUCGUCUGAAACAGUCAACACUGGAACAACAAGCAAAAGUGGGAAACUACCAGACAGGACUGAAGUGUCAGCCAAACCAAGACCUCACAGUGAUGAGUACACAAAGAAGAUUCCACCUCCUAAGCCGAAACGAAACCCAAACACCCAGCUAAGCACAUCUUUUGAUGAAACGUACAUCAAAAAGCAUGGCCCCAUGAAGGCAACCCUCACGAGGGACGCCUCUCUCUCGCAGGUCAGCAGUCCUGCUCCAGACACAGAGGAAGAAGAGCCUGUUUAUAUUGAAAUGGUUGGGAAUAUUCUCAGAGACUUCAAAAAAGAUGAGGAUGACCAAAGCGAAGCGGUCUAUGAGGAGAUGAAAUACCCCAUAUUUGACGAUGUAGGCCAAGACUCAAAAUGUCAGUGUGAAUAUGACCAUCACACCUGUUCUUCUCAGUGUGCUACUCCCACAGUGCCUGACCUAGAUUUCACCAAGUCUUCAGUGCCAUCCACUCCCAAGGGCUUGCUUUGUGACAUACCCCCGCCAUUUCCAAACCUGCUUUCUCACAGACCUCCACUGCUGGUGUUCCCACCAGCACCAGUGCAGUGCUCCCCGAAUUCUGACGAGUCUCCUCUAACUCCACUAGAGGUCACAAAGCUUCCCGUCUUGGAAAAUGUGUCUUACAUCAAACAGCAAGCUGGAGCUUCUCCAUCUUCACUGCCACCUCAUACACCAGGCCAUCAAAAACUGGAGAAAGACCAGACAGUAUCUCAUGGAACUAGCACCCCUGCGCACACCUCCUCACCUCCUCAUCCCUCUACCUUAUACAGAACACAGUCUCCACAUGGUUAUCCUAAAAGUCACUCUGCCUCACCUUCUCCUGUCAGUAUGGGUAGGUCUCUUACCCCCUUAAGCCUCAAAAGACCUCCACCUUAUGACUCUGUACAUUCAGGAAGUCUCUCAAGAAGCUCUCCAUCAGUGCCUCAUUCUACAGCCAGAAACACAUUGCAAGAAGGGGGAAAGAUGGUCAGUGUCUCUGUCAGCACCUAUGGGUCAUCAUCUCAGAGCAGCUCCCGUUCCCGGACCCCCACCAGUCCUCUGGAGGAGCUGACCAGCCUCUUCACCUCAGGACGAAGCCUCCUGAGGAAAUCCUCCAGUGGCAGGAGAUCUAAGGAACCUGCAGAAAAACCACUAGAUGAGCUGAAGAUCAGAAGUCACAGCACUGAACCACUACCAAAGCUGGAAAACAAAGAGAGAGGACAUCAUGGGACAGCUUCCUCCAGGGAGCCAGGGAAAGCUCAGGAAUGGGAUGGAACUCCAGGCCCCCCUGUGGUGUCCAGCAGGCUGGGGAGGUCCUCGGUCAGCCCAACCAUGCUGGCUGGAGGCAACAGCUCAGAGCCUAAGUCGAGCUGCCGCUUAGGCCGGUCCGCGUCCACGUCGGGAGUGCCUCCUGCGUCGGUGGCGCCGCUCCGGCAGCCCAGCGACCUGCAGCCCAGCCAGGUGACGUGCAUGCAGUGGUUGCAAGGGGACCAUACGAUGCUGGACAUGAUUGAAAAAAAGCGUUGCCUCUGCAAAGAGAUCAAAGCUCGACAGAAGUCAGAGAAAGGACUCUGCAAACAGGACAGCAUGCCUAUUUUGCCGAGUUGGAAAAAGAAUGCCGGGACCAAGAAAUACAGCCCUCCUCCUUAUUCCAAACAACAAACUGUUUUCUGGGACACUGCAAUUUGACAGGUCGGUGGAGGAUGCUCUCUCCACUGUGUGGCACCAAGGACAUGUAGCCUGCUUUCUUUAAAAGGCAAAGGCUCUAACCUAAGACUUACCUACAGAUGGUGAACUUCCUAGGAAACA